AUGGGUGUUAUCCAGAUCAAGACUGCCGAGGAGUACAAGACCAAGGUCACAGACGCCCAAGGCCCCGUCAUCGUCGACUUCUUCGCCACAUGGUGCGGACCCUGCAAGGCCGUCUCCCCCCUCCUCGAGAAGCUGAGCGACGCCCACUCCGGCGUUGACUUCUACAAGGUCGACGUUGACGAGCUUGCUUCCGUCGCUGCUGAGAACGGCGUCUCGGCUAUGCCUACCUUCCACUUCUACAACAAGGGCGAGCGUAUUAACGAGGUUAAGGGUGCCAACCCCCCUGCUAUCCAGGCUGGUCUUCAGGCUUUGCUUCAAUAG